AUGCCUAGUAGGACUUGCAAAGAAUCCAGUGCAGAUGAUGCAUUGUCCCGCAAUGCCAAAGGAUAUUUGGAUCCCAGCGGUGAGGGUCAAGUCACUCGAAGUGAAUGGGGCACCUUGCCUAAGACAGAGGUCGUCCAUGAGCAGAUUGGGAUAGGGAUGUUUGAUUCCAGUUUGAGACAACUCGCUAUCAGCCAAGGCAUACUCGAGCUGUGUCACAAAGAAAUGGUGUACUCGAUCCAGGACGGGGUGGCAUCUUACCUCCUCAGCAUGUCACAGGAGUUUGUCCACUUCUGCAGCCGGUCAUUCGGGAACGAUCUGAAUGCUGCAUGGGCAGUCUUCGAUCUCAACGGCGACAACUUCAUCUCCGAAGCUGAGUGGGUAACCGUGGCGCGGUCCUUCGCGUACUUCGGGCCGACAUUGCCGAUCUUCCGGUUCUUGGACCGGGAUGACGAGGACCUCUGGAAAGCAGAUAACAUCAUGAUUGUCUUCAUGAUUGUCUUCUUGCUCUCCCACGUCGGCAUGUUGUGGCAGUCUUUCGUGGCCCUUCAGGGAACAAUUUCCUUCGAGGAGUUCGAGGAAUUGCAGAAGUUCCGUGAACCACCACGACCCGAUGUCCAGGCCCAUGGUUGUACCGUUUGCAUCCGCUUGCCUUGUCACGUUCUCGGCAAUGGCAAAUGUUUACUGCAACUUGCCACAUCGGCUCAAGUUUUCUCUUGGACUGUUGGGCAUCAUUGGCCAAUGUAA